CGGGUUUAGUAGCCCUUCUUCAGUUCUUCUCCCCUCUCUGCGUUAAAGUUAGGGCACAAACAAACGAAGAAAGAAAAAGACGAAGGAGAAGAGUUUUUAACGAACGAUGGAGGGAGGAAGAGGAGGAGCGGUGGUGUUGACACCUACUAACAGUAAUAACAUCAAAUCAGUAAUAACUCAGCUUCAAAUCAAAUGGGGGGAAUUAGAAAAUGAAUUCCAGGGUUGGGUUUCUAAACAAUCAUUACCUGUUGAAGCUGCUGCUGUUGCUGCCAAGGAUGCUUUAUUUGGAGCUGCUUCCGGCGUUUUGCUUGGAAGCCUUCCUCUGUGUAAAGACACAUAUGGUAGUACUGGUUUGAUAGCAGCUCGAAAUGUCUCUGUUUUAUUUGGCACCGGUGGUGGUGCAUCUUGUGUUCUGAAAAGAAUUAGAGGGAAAGACGAUCUCCAGGCUAGAAUGGUGGCAAGUUUUUGUGCGGGAUUCAUGUUUGAUAUGGUCAGGAACUUCCCGGGUUCUAAUGCUGCAGAUGCAAUCUUAUAUGGGGCCGGAUUUUCGGCUAUUGCUGGUCUUCUCCACAAGGUACGUAACUCUUCCCAGCCGCCGGUAGUACUGGAGGGUGCACGCUAUGCCAGAACAAGAAGCAUGUUGUUGAACCUAGGCCUUCAGAAUUAUGAGAAACACUUAUUAACGGACAAUACUACGCCUUUGCUUAAAGAAAGGGAUCUUGAAAUUGCGGGAAUCCCUCUUGGACCUAGGGUUCUAAUACUUAACCACAUUGAAAGGGAUCAAAAGAUGCGGGGAGGCUGAAAACAAACAUGUUGUGUGAAACUGAUGGUGAACAAUCAAGAUAUAUAUUAUGUAGAGGGAUAUAUAAGUUGUUGUUGGGUGAAUUUCGGAACCUUUCAGAAGUAAGUUUUACUGAAUUUCUUAAAUGUAAUUAUUUCUAAUAGUAGGUAUAACCCUAUUACUGAGAACGCAAGCUUUUGUCAUGCGCUGAAGUUCACCUUAUGAUGCUUGCUUUAGAUUGAAUCCUCACUUGGAAUGCAGCAGUUGUGUUUUUAGUAAUGUUUUGUUAUUGCGCUUUAA